ACGAACUGAGGUAUCCCACCGAACUGUAUGGGUCCAGAAGGGAUAGCAUCGAUUUGAAGCUGAAUCUUUGACCACCCAUUCCAUUUCAAUCUGUCCGGAGGCAACACGCGAACACGUUCGGUGCCGAACACGGCGUGCAGCGAUUGGCCGAGGCCGACUGCAGAUGAACCUUCGCGACGAGGUGAGGAUUGUCCACAACGAGGUGAUGAGCCUUGACGCCCGUGUCGCGUUGCUCGAGGAGCAGGGCUGCGCACGGCCCAUCUCGCCGCUCAGCUCGCUGUCCACGGCGUUUGGACGAGGCGAGUGCGCUGAUCCGCCUGAUCGCUCGCCAGCCCUCGGCGCGGACGACCGCCGUGGCGAACGGCGCGCCGCGCAGGAGAUGUUGCUGGGGCGAGCCCACCUGCUUGGGAAGAGCAAGGCGGGCGAACUCAAGACGGAGACGCCCGGUAAAGCCAGGACUCCGGAUGCCUUCGGUUGAGACAUGGCAAAACUCAGGACUUGGAGGACUGAGACGUGGUUUAAUUUGAUGCAUCGGUCCACACAUGCGUGGAGGCGAUAGAUUUUUCGCAGCAAGGUCC